AUGGAGUAUCUCACUAGGCUUCUUAAUCAAGUUUCUCAACAUAGAGAGUUCAGAUUUCACCCUAUGUGUAAGCAUUUGCAUCUUGUUAAUCUUUGUUUUGCAGAUGAUCUGAUUUUAUUCUGUAAGGGGAACAUUAGAUCAAUUCAAAUUUUAAUGGAUGGUUUUUUGAGAUUUAGCCAGAGUUCAGGGUUGUCUGCUAACUUGAAAAAAUCUCACAUAUAUUUUGGGGUGGCAGCUGAUAUGAAGGAAAAUAUUCUGAGAUCUGUUGUAAUAGAUGAAGGGUCUUUUCCCUUGAAGUAUUUGGGGGUUUCGCUGAAACCUACGAGAUGGCAAGUAGCUAAUUGUAUUAUCAAGAAGAUUCAUGCUAGACUCCAUGUUUGGGCGAGUAGACACUUAUCUUUUGCAGGGAGAACUCAGCUGAUUUUCUCAGUUUUACUGGGCAUUCACAACUAUUGGAUGAAUAUUUUUAUGCUUCAUCUCAGUGUCAUUCAAGAAAUUGAUAGGUUAUGUCGUAAUUUUUUAUGGGGAUCCAACGGCAAUCGCAGUAAAUUCAAUUGUUCCUCUCGGUCUCAAGUUUGUCUUCCUAAAACUUUAGGUGGUUUGGGUUUCAAAGAGGGCUCUAAUUGGAACAAAGUGUUAUUGGCCAAGUUUAUUUGGGCUUUGUCUUCUAAGCAGGAUGUGUUGUGGGUGAAGUGGAUUGAUGCAAUAUAUCUUAAAGGUCAAUAUUUUUGGACUUAUCAUCUGAAAUCUGAUGUUAGUUGGUAUUGGCGUAAAUUAUGCUAUUUGAGAGAGGUGUUUUCUGAAGUGAAUCUAGUGAACUCGGCUAUGCAUGGUAAGCUGAACUUGAAGUCUCUAUAUCUUAACUGGCUUCAGAGAGAUCUGAUUGAUUUUGCAAAGGUAAUGUGGUGUAGACUUACAGUCCCCAAGCAUCAUUUCAUUCUUUGGCAGCCGGUUCUUGGCCAUUUGCUGACUAGAGAUAAUUUGAUUAAGUGUCAGAUUUCAGUGGUCUCUAGUCUUUGUCCGGUUUGUGAGAGAGUUGAGGAAACUCAUCAGCAUUUGUUUUUUGAUUGUAGCUUCUCUCGUCAAGUUUGGGAGCUGACUAAAAUUUGGCUAGGUUCUGGCAUUUGGCCCAAGCAAUUUGUUGAAUGGAAGAAGUGGUUAUAA